AUUACUUGUCCUGAAAGAUAUCUUAUAACUGAUUCAACAUGAAUAAAAGAAAACUUGAAGAAGAAGACAAGACCAAGCAACACAAUGAAAAUUUUUCAGCAGAAAUAAAAAAUGUUAAACGGAUUUUAUCACGUUUGAAAUCAGAUAAGGGUGACAUAUUACCAGGAGGUUUACUAGAUUUACCCAUAAAUAUUACUGUUGAUAAAUUACAAGAAAUUUGUAAUGCACUUCUACAAACGGAAGAAUCAAUACCUUUUGCAUUUUAUGUAAAUAAUAUUGAGAUCACAGAUAGUUUAGAAAACAGUAUUAAAGAAAAUUUUAGCAUUAGUGAGGAUGUAAUUGAUAUUAUAUAUCAGCCACAAGCAAUUUUUAAAGUUAGAGCAGUUACACGGUGUACUGGAUCAUUGGAAGGUCAUAAAGAGGCUGUAAUAUCAGUUGCUUUCUCACCAGCUGGAACAUGUUUAGCUAGUGGUUCUGGAGAUACAACAGUAAGAUUUUGGGAUAUAUAUACGCAAACUCCACAAUAUACAUGUGAAGGUCAUAAACAUUGGGUAUUAUGUAUAUCAUGGUCUCCAUGUGGAACUAAGCUUGCAUCUGCAUGUAAAAAUGGUACAAUUUUAUUAUGGAAUCCAAAAACAGGGACACAGAUAGGAAAAGCAAUGUUAGGACACAAAAUGUGGGUCACCUCUUUAUGUUGGGAACCAUAUCAUAAAAAUUCUGAAUGCCAGUAUUUAGUUAGUGGUUCAAAAGAUUGUGACCUGAGGAUAUGGGACACAGUACGCUCACAAACUAUUCGUGUUCUAUCUGGUCACACAAAAAGUGUGACAUGUGUUAAGUGGGGUGGUAGUGGCCUUAUUUAUUCUGGUUCACAAGAUAGGACUAUCAAAGUAUGGCGAGCUAAAGAUGGAAUCUUGUGUAGGACUUUAGAAGGCCAUGCACAUUGGGUGAAUACUUUAGCAUUGAAUGUGGAUUAUGUACUUAGAACUGGUUCUUUUAAUCUUGGAAAAGAUCAAGAAACAAAUGAAGAUCGCGUAGAAUAUGCAAAGAAGCGUUACGAAUCUGUAGGGGAAGAACUACUUGUUUCUGGUUCUGAUGAUUUUACAUUAUUUCUAUGGAAACCGGAAAAGGAAAAGAAAUAUAUUGCAAGAAUGACAGGACACCAACAGUUAAUUAAUGAUGUGAAAUUCUCGCCAGAUGGUCGCAUAAUUGCAUCUGCUUCAUUUGAUAAGUCUAUAAAAUUAUGGGAAUCAAAUACAGGGAAGUAUAUAACUUCAUUAAGAGGUCAUGUGCAAGCUGUAUACUCAAUCUCAUGGAGUGCAGAUUCCCGUUUACUUGUCAGCAGUAGUGCAGAUUCUACCUUAAAACUAUGGAGUUUAAAAACAAAAAAACUUUGCCAAGAUUUACCUGGUCAUGCAGAUGAAAUUUAUGCAGUGGAUUGGUCUCCAGACGGAUUGCGUGUUGCAUCUGGUGGAAAAGAUAAAGUUUUGCGACUUUGGCAGAAUUGAGUAAUGUAUAUGACAAUAAAUUUCUUAAUAUACAGUUUCAAAA